AUGAGCAGCAGUAGGAUCCAUAUUAACAUCUCCCAUGCGCAUAGUCAAGCCGCAUCAUGGUGUCUCCAUCGUCUCAAAUCGAGCAAGGAAGGACUUAAGUUCAAUAUAUGCCGAAUCGAGUCGUCCUUUUAUCUGAAUAGGCAGAUUCCAGACCUCGAGGCGCGGGUAGCAAGCUUCAUUUCACGGAGGCUUCGCUAUGCCAGUUUGCACUGGCCGUUCCAUGUGUCAGCGAUGGAUGAUGGCUCAGGACACAAGCUACAGAGCGAACUGGCACAUAUAGUCAAAAGUCCUUUCGCACUCUACUGGAUGGAGAUAUUGAGCAUGACAGGAGGAGUGAUGCGAGCAAUAUCUGGACUUCGAGCUGCUGCACAACGUCAGAGCAUUGAAAAGAAGACCAGGACUCGGAUGAAUGACAUUAAACGAUUCUUGAUGGCAUUUUCCGUACCUAUACAAGACAGCACUCCUCAUAUAUACAUCUCAUCACUCCCAUUCAGCCCGAGAAGGUCAACGCUACAUAUUGAGGGCCUAAAAAAGCAUAUGAAUGCGCUUUUAGUGGCUAGGGGCCUUGACGAGACGUAUCCUGGGCUCCCCAGAAUACUCCAAGGUCAUCAAGACUGGGUCAGCGCUGUCGCAUUCUCGCCAGAUGGCUCGCGAAUUGUCUCUGGCUCACAUGACCAGACACUUCGACUGUGGGAUGCAGAGACUGGCCAGCCGUUGGGAGAGCCACUCCGAGGUCAUCAAGACUGGGUCACCGCUGUCGCAUUCUCGCCAGAUGGCUCGCGAAUUGUCUCUGGCUCAGGUGACAAGACACUUCGACUGUGGGAUGCAGAGACUGGCCAGCCGUUGGGAGAGCCACUCCGAGGUCAUCAAGACUGGGUCGCCGCUGUCGCAUUCUCGCCAGAUGGCUCGCGAAUUGUCUCUGGCUCGGAUGACAUGACAAUUCGACUGUGGGAUGCAGAGACUGGCCAGCCGUUGGGAGAGCCACUCCGCGGUCAUCAACACUCGGUCACCGCUGUCGCAUUCUCGCCAGAUGGCUCGCGAAUUGUCUCUGGCUCAGGUGACAAGAUAAUUCGACUGUGGGAUGCAGAGACUGGCCAGCCGUUGGGAGAGCCACUCCGAGGUCAUCAAGACUGGGUCAGCGCUGUCGCAUUCUCGCCAGAUGGCUCGCGAAUUGUCUCUGGCUCAGAUGACAAGACAAUUCGACUGUGGGAUGCAGAGACUGGCCAGCCGUUGGGAGAGCCACUCCGAGGUCAUCAAGGCUGGGUCACCGCUGUCGCAUUCUCGCCAGAUGGCUCGCGAAUUGUCUCUGGCUCAGAUGACUGGACAAUUCGACUGUGGGAUGCAGAGACUGGCCAGCCGUUGGGAGAGCCACUCCGAGGUAAUUCAGCCCAGAUCAGCACUGCUAGGUUCUCGCCAGAUCGUACACGAGUUAUUUAUGGUUCAAAUGACAACACAAUCCAAAUCUGGAGGGUGCACAAUUGUGAGUAUAUUUCUUUGCCUUAUAGUGUCACAACGUGA